AUGUUUCUUAAAAUAUUUUUAAUAUUAUUAUUUUUAAUAUUAACUUGUAAUGCUAAUAGAUUAGUAGAUACUUCAGUCUCCUGUGAUCAGGAUAACUUUAUUUUUAAUGUUCAUUUUCAAAAAGUUUUUUAUGGUUUAAUUUACUCUGAAAAUGGCUAUCCAAAUUGUGUUUAUGUUAAUGGAACAAUUCAAUCCAAAGAUAUUUAUACAAUAAAAAUUCCCUUAAAAGGUUGUUCAUCAGUUAAAAAUAAUGAAGGUAACCUGGAAAAUUCUAUUAUAAUUCAGGAGAAUGCCAAAUUUCUUCAAAAAAGUGAUAAAAAAUAUUUAUUAACAUGUAUACCAACACAACCAAUUAAAGAGACAGAAAAUUUUAUAACUGUUAAUUUUGGUGGUGUAACAGUUGACUCCUCAAAUACUGCUCAAGAAGUUAUUAAAGCAAAUGUAUUAAAUAUCAAAGAUAAUAUUCCAUUAAAACCUCCAAAUGUUAAAUAUUCUGUACAAAUUUUAAAUGGACAUGACCUUAACGCAACGGCAUUGAGAGGUCCUUUAAAUAUUGGUGAUGAUAUAACAUAUCUUGUAAAACUGGAUGAGCCAUUAGUUGAUACACAAAUAGGAAGAUGUUGGGCUUCAGAUUCUAAAAGUGAAUUAGAAUUAUCUGAUAAAAAUGGUUGUACAUUACAAAAAGUUGGUAAUAUUUGGGGAGAUUUUGAAAGACUUCGCCAAGGAAAUGAUAUUAUAUUUGUCAAUAAAAUUAGAGCAUGGGCUUUUCCAACAAGUAAUGAAGUAAAUAUAUUUUGUAAUUUAAGAAUUUGUAUGAAUGGUCAAUGUAAAGAUAAAGAGUGUGAUAAAAAUAAAAAACAAAAAAAUGAUUUAAGAAGAAAAAGAAGGCAUCCGGAGAAAAGUUUUUCAGAGAUUGAGGAAAUUGAAACAGUAAGUGCUCAUAUUCGUAUAAAAAGACAUGAUUCAAAAAUGAAGACAUCUCAAUUAGUCUUGGCAACCACAAAUGGUAAUGAUAUAAAUAAUCCAAUUUUUUGUAUUUAUCCAGAACAUAUUAUAAUAAUUAUUGUUACAUUUAUUGUAUUUAUUUUAGCUUUAAUUGUAAUAGGAUAUAUACUUUAUAGAUCAAGAUCAAUAUUACAAGAAAAAAAUUUUUUUACGUAA